ACUACCCUAUUCCAGAGGAUUCGUUGCAUCCAGUCAGACCUCUCGGAAAAAAUCCUGGCGCGAAAAGAGCGCGCGAAGCGGCGCGGCGCCCUCUCCUUUCCGCGGCAAAAAAGAUAGCGAUUCCGCUUCCGCUUCAUUAAUCUUCUGAGUCCGAGGUGGAAAAUAGAAGGGGGAAGAACUGGAGAAGGACUGUAGAAGACGAGCAGCAGAGGCGACCGGCCAUCCGCAUCCAUCUCCUCUGAAUCUCCCCUCCUCUCUCUAUUCUGGAUCCCCUCUUCUACACACAGCAGCAGGCAUCAACCCCUACCAGCAGCAGCCAUCUCGUCUCCGUCGGGCGCUCCCGGGCUGCUCCUCUUCUUCACUGAUGGCUAAUUAUCAGAACUAUGAGCAAGUAGGUCGGAACUAUGACCAAGUAGGCCCUCGUUCACAAUCACAAGGAUUCAGUGAUGUUGAAGCUAAUCGAUUGACUUCACUGCCUUCUCAACAUAUAGGUACCAUAAAGCCCUGUUCAAGAGCUAAAUGGAGUCGCGAAAUGAAGGUGUCUCUUAUUCAGCUCUUGAAAGAUCAUGAUGUACCUGGUUAUCGAACACACAAUGCAUGGAGCAAGGAAGCAUGGACAAGUAUUACUUCUCAACUAAAUACCAAGUUUGGCAUGUCGUUUAAUGUUAACCAAGUCAAGCAAAAGGAGCAAGAUUUGAAAAAAGCUUAUUAGAGUGUAAAAGAUUUGAUAGCAGAAAGUGGCUUUGGAUGGGAUAAAGAUAGAAUGAUGGUAGAUGCACCGGCUAGUGUUUGGGCUGCAUUUGCUGCUCGCAAGAACAGCAAGGACGCCCUCCAAUGGCGAGAUAAGUCUUUCCCAUACUAUGAUGAAUUGGCUUCGCUCUAUGAAGGUCGUUAUGCUGAAGGCAGGACUCGUCGUCGUAUGGACUACUACACAAGCAGGGCAAAAUAAUGUGGUGAACUAUGUUGAUGAAGAGCCUAAUGCUUAUCGGUCGCCUUCACCUACUUUACAAGGUGCAGGUGAAUUUGGUUUCCAUUUUUCUGUUGAAGAAGAGACUGAGAAUUUAAAUGUGGAUGCUGGACAACAUUCAUCAACACCUAUGCAAGAAAUGAAAACCACACCAAGCUCCACACAAGCACGUACAGAGAAGCCUAGCAAGAAAAAACAAAAGAGAAGUACUGCUGAACCUCCGGAUGGAUUUCACGAGAUAUAUUUGAAGUUGAAGCAGGAAGAAAUAGACCGAUUUGCAGCUAUUGAGGAGAAGAAAGCAGCUAUUGAGGAGAAAAAAACAGAGGAUCCCUACAGCAUUAACAAGUGCAUUACAACUGUUGAAGAGUUGGAGGGACUACAAUUGAGUGACAUUCUCAUGGCAUCAGAUAUCUUCCAAGCAAAGAAUAACAGGAAAGUUUUCUUGUCAUUUUCUACUAAUGAACGAUGAUUGACUUGGAUUAAAAGGGAGAUUGCACGUAGCAACCCGGAGUAGAACUAACAUCUCGUAGUGUCUUCUGGUGGUUAGCAUAUAUUUUGGUCGUGUGGUAUGGUUAGCAUAUAUAUUUUGGUAGGCCGUGAAGUCUAAGUAUGGUUAGCAUAUAUAUUUUGGUAGGCCGUAUGGUCUAGUAUUUUGUAUUCUCGAAUAUGUAUCUGCACCUAUGCUAAGGGAUGGGAUAAAAAUUAUAUAAUGAAGUAGAACUUUAAUAUUCCAGUACAUGGAUGCUGAUACAACUUGCAAGCCUUAUCACUAUGUCUAUCUUCUCUGUGAUACAUACUGCUCCCACAUA